AUGAACAUCAUCAGGCUUGAUACCAUUAUGGGACUCAAGUGGCUUCUUUAUGGACUUGGAGCACUGAUCCUUGAGAAAACAAUGGAACAGGAAGAAGGAAUUGUGUACAGCAGCCUCAAACUAGGACCCUCCCAGCUGAACAGCUGUUGCAGCUUACUGAGAGCAGGUGAUAUAGAGUGGAUUACAAAUAUCCCACCUGAUGCACGUUUGAAAUUAAAAGAGUACAUUUUCCCCGAUCACUUACCAUAUGUGGACCUUAUCUAUAGUCCUGGAUCUACUAAUGCAACAGUGAGGACUAAGAUGGCACUGGAUGUUGAUGCCCUUCAGAAUGAUCACCUCUUCUACGCUGUUGUUUGCCAAAGGAUUGGAACGAUCAAUGAGAUAGAGAAUGGACGCCUCUUGGCCUUAGAAGACAUAAAUGACAAUUCUCCAGAAUUUCUACAAACUCAUUAUAGCGCUUCAAUAUCAGAGGUAUCUGAAAUAAAUUUCGUGGUUAUAAAAGUGGAAGCUGUGGAUAAAGAUUAUUCACCUUGGUUCAGACUCCUUACUUAUAGUCUCUGGGGUCCAAACUCCGAUUACUUUUAUAUAAGAGAAGGGGAUGGAAACAUCAUGGUGAAUAAGACAUUGGAUUACAACAAGAUCAACCUGUUCAAUUUAACAGUCCAGGCAAAGGAAACAUUUGGAAACAACAGUGCAACUGCAUCAUUGCUAAUUCAUAUAGAAGAUUAUGAUACAUUGAACCCUUAUUUCACUCAACCUGUAUAUUAUGGAAAAAUCAGUGAAAACAAGCUGGGUCCUCUGUCUGUUCUCCCUGAGAAGAUAAUGGCGAAAGAUGGAGAUGUAGGUAUAAAUGAAAAAGUGGUUUACAGCAUCAAACUAGUGGAUCCCCCAGCUUACAGAAACACUGUGUCAUUCAAUGAGGACACUGAAGAGUUGGAAGUGAAGACUGCUAUUGACAGAGAAGAAUGUCCAUAUCUUGUUGUGGGCAUUCAGGCAGCUCAGCAAGACAACAUUCUCAAAACAACGGAUUCAGUAGUUCUGGUUACUAUUGAAGAUGUGAAUGACAAUCCUCCUGUUUUCUCACAAUCAAGUUACAAUGUCUCAAUUCUAGAAAAUUUCCCAAAUGGGAUGGAAGUUCUUCAACUAACAGCUACUGACAAAGAUGAGGGAGGCUUCAAUGGAACAUUCAUUCUGACUUCAGCUGACAGUCCCUUCCAGCUAAGUCAAUCUGGAAUCCUAACUGUGAGGAACUCCACUCUGUUGGAUAGGGAAAGAAUGCCAUCUAUUCACCUAGAGGUAUUGGCAAUUGAUGCUGAAAUAAAUGGGCUUACUUCAAGUGCCUUGUUCCACAUCACUGUUCUAGAUGUCAAUGAUAAUAACCCUGAGUUUCAGAUGCAGCCAUACAGUUUUGUGGUUCCAGAAGGAGCUUACACACCGGGCACUCCUGCCAGAGUUGGACAAGUGACUGCUACUGACUUGGAUGAGGGACAGAAUGCACAGAUUACGUAUUACUUAUCAUCUGAGGAUGAGGAUAAUCCAUAUAGCAUCCAACAGAACGGAACCAUUGUGGUUAAUGGCUAUGUAGACCGAGAAACUAGAGACAAGUAUGAGCUGCUGGUGGUGGCAUCGGAUAACGGAGUACCUCAAAGGCAGAAUUUCACAUACGUUAGCAUUCAAGUAUUAGAUGUGAAUGAUAACCCUCCUCGGUUCACAAAAGCACAGUACUCAGCCAGCGUACGUGUAGCAACAGCAGAAGAAGGAGCUUCUGUGAUAUCUGUGUCUGCUACUGACCUUGACAUUGGGAACAAUUCUGUUAUUACAUACAGCCUCAGCAGCCACUCUGAUGAUUUCCACAUAAAUAACCGCACUGGAGACAUCAUCCUCAGCAGUAACCUGGACCAUAUCACAGCUGAUACAGUUGUUACACUGACAGUUUUUGCUACUGAUCAUGGAGUUCCUCCACUUACAUCAAAUGCCUCUGUUACUCUCUACUUGCUGGUAAAUGACACUAGCUUCAGGCUGACUUUUGAUAGCCCCAGCUACAGCUUCAGUAUUCAAGAAAAUGAACCCUCUGGGACUCCUGUUGGCUUUGUGAAGGCUCUGACUGGAAGCAUAGCUGUACAAGUAGUGUACUCUCUGAAAUCUCAUACUGACAAGUUCUUUGUUGGUGACCAAGGAGACAUUGUGGCUCUUGUCAAACUAGAUCGAGAAGAAGAGGACCUAUACAGCAUCAUUGUAGAAGCUGUUGAUUCUGUGGUGCCACCCAAUACAGCUCUUGCUUUGGUAACUGUGAGGGUUAAUGAUGUGAAUGACAAUCCUCCAGUUUUCUCAGCACUGACUCCAACUAAACUAUCAGCUCCUGAGAAUGCAGCUAAUCUAGACUUGGGUGUAUUUCCUGCUACUGAUCUGGACACAGGAGUUAAUGCACUUAUAACCUACUCUCUGCAAGAUGAUUUUGCUGGAAUGUUCUAUGUUAAUAACUCUACUGGCAAGCUGAUGACAAAAAGAUCCUUAGACAGAGAGAUGAUGGACAGUUAUGAAUUGAAAAUAAUAGCUACUGAUUCUGGCAAACCUCCACAAUACGCAAGCUUAGUUGUAAGCAUUACUGUAGAAGAUGAGAAUGACAACCCACCAGUCUUCCCUCAGAAACUGUACUCUGCGACUGUAAAAGAGAACGAGCCACCACACGUGAUUUUGAGUGCAGCAGCCACCGAUGAAGAUAUAGGCUACAAUGCCAUUAUUCAUUACACCAUAACUGCAGAGCCUUAUUUAUUUCACGUUGGAGAACUUUCUGGAAACAUCACAGUUCUUCAACCUCUGGACUAUGAAAGUCAUUCCCAGUAUACAUUUAUUCUGAAAGCUUUCAAUCCUGGAGAGCCAUACAUGCAGGAUACAGCAAACAUUACAGUUACCGUGGAAGAUGUCAAUGAAGAAGCACCUGUAUUUGACAAACCCUCAUACUACCAGAUCCUUCUAGAUAAUUCUACAGCUGGCACACUGGUAGUAGAUAUCAAUGCAAGAGAUGAAAGCAAGGGUUAUGAUGAAGACAUUUUCUACAAUAUUUCAGGUAUGUUAGAAAUAGAUCUUACGGGUGCUUAUUAUUGGAGCACUGGCAUGCUCUUCAGCUAA